UUUUUUUUUUUUGUCAUUUUUUUGGGUUAAUUUUUUCCCUUUGAAUUUUGAUCAGUUCUUUCCCCCAUAACCUUAUAGUGUCGACAUGGUUUGCGAGAGAGAUCCCUUGGUACAAAAAGUCUGCGAGUUGUAUGAGCAAAUCUCGGGCCUUGAGAGUCUCAAACCUUCCAAAGAUGUCAACAUGCUCUUCACUCAACUCGUUGUCACAUGCAUGCCACCCAGCCCUAUUGAUGUUACCAAGCUUUGCAAAAGGAUUCAAGAGAUCAGGUCCAAGUUGAUUAGACUUUGCGGGGAAGCCGAGGGGCUCUUGGAGAGCCAUUUCUCCACCAUCCUAGGAUCCUACGAAAACCCUCUUCACCAUCUCAACAUCUUCCCUUACCACUCCAACUACCUCAAGCUUAGCCUGCUUGAGUUCAACAUCCUUACCAAACACUGCUCCAAUGUCCCUAGCAAGGUUGCCUUUGUGGGUUCGGGCCCCCUUCCCCUCACCUCGAUUGUGUUGGCCUCUUUCCACCUUACCACCACCUCUUUCCACAAUUAUGAUAUUGACCCCUCCGCCAAUUCCAAGGCCCUUCAAUUAGUUUCAUCUGACCCUGAUUUAUCUGAACGGAUGUUCUUCCACACCACGGAUAUAAUGGAUGUUACCAAUGCUUUGAAAGACUAUGAUGUUGUUUUCUUGGCGGCUCUUGUUGGGAUGGACAAGGAUGAGAAAGUUCGAGUCAUUGAUCAUUUGGCUAAGUACAUGGCCCCUGGGGCUCUUUUGAUGCUGAGGAGUGCACAUGGUGCUAGGGCUUUCCUUUAUCCCGUUGUCGAUCCUUGUGAUCUACCAGGAUUCGAGGUCCUCUCCAUAUUCCAUCCUACCGAUGAAGUUAUUAAUUCAGUGGUCAUUGCACGUAAAUUUCCAAUGACCAAACACUCUGCUGAUCAGCAGCAGCCGAUGAAACUUCCCAACAAGUUUUUUGACAUUGAAAUGUUCAAUCCCCUCAACCAUGUGAAUCUGAUGGAGGAACUUGAUAUUCAGGAGCAACUCUCCGGAAGUUUUUGAUCAUAUGUCGCUUUUAACCAUGGUGUUGUUUCUAUCAUGUUCAACAUCGAACUAGGAUCCUUUUCGAUUGCUUUUUCAUCUAUGUUUCGAUUUCUGCUUGUCUAACAAGUUAUCCACUAGCAAACAUGUACCCGUUCUGUCCUUUCAUCCAAAGUCUUAAUAAAUUAGGAUACUCAGUUCAGCCUGAUCAGGUUCAAGAAAUG